AUGCAUGAAAUUUUCCAGGUUGUCAAUUUCGCGACUGGUGAACAGACCAUGACCAACAUUACUAGCUUGAGGAACCAUUUACUCGUCACGUUUCCCGAUUUAAAAAAUGAUUGGAAGUUGGAGACCAAUGAAUUGGAUGGCUUUUCACAUUCUUUCUCGAACUUCUUAGAUACUGUUCGAGUUGCUGCAAAACAUCUACCUCAGAAGAGCCAGGAGAGAAAGACACAAUUACAACCACGACAAGAACUGAUGUCUCAUGAAGAAUUCAUUGACUCAAUUUAUCAGUCAAUCUUUGAGAUUCAUUCAAGUCUGCUUGAUGUCUCCUCAUUUCCGCAAGCUGGUCAAGAAGACAACAAAAUAAGAUUUCAAAUGAAUCGCUUGAAAGAGAAGGAAUGGGUCAGAAUUUGCGAUAGAAUUGGCAGAUCUAGAUUCCAUCAACUUAUUCAGUCAGCCAUUGGCUUUUAUGAAGGCUCUGGCGUCUUUCUUCGAGUCCAUUACGAGGGGCAUGCAACUCGAGAUAAGAAAAAAUCACACCACAUUGAUAAGUCUAAAAUGUACUAUCAUUGGAAGAGCAGAAACUCACAUUUUUCGGCAUUUGAUGGAACUCCUCAUCAAAUCACCAAGACGAUUUUAGCGGAUGGGGGAGUAACUUCUGGAAAAAUCCCUAAUACUGCCAAAAAGCUACUCAAAAUUAUUGGACGCGCCCAGAAAGUUGACUCUCGUUUGGACUAUUAUGGAAUAUUUUAUAAUGUUGUCGGUUCUGCUGGGGGGCCUCAAGUUUUUGAAAGUGCAUCGUGUUUUGACAACGUUUUGAAAUUUGUUCUCAUUUGUUUACAUCGAGUAUUCCCCGAUAUUGUCUUUGGAACACCAGAAAACAAAAAGAUCGUGCAAUCUAGCGUCAGAGCCUUUCUUCGACUCCAAAGAAAGGAACUAUACGAUUUAUCCAAGAUUUCUAACCAAUUAAAAGUGUCAUCUAUUUCCUGGAUAGGAAAAUCAAGACAGAUCUCGUCAACUCAUGAUCUUUUUCUACGCCAACAGAUGCUACAAAGCUUCUUGAGAUGGCUCUUUGAUGAUUUCAUUGUUAAUUUGAUUAAGAACUUUUGGUAUGUGUCUGAAGUGCAGUUAAACCUUUCGGAAACUGGCUCAGCGUAUUUUCCGCAUCGGUCCUGGAGAAUUUUAUCCGAUGAAUGGGUUAUGAAUUACGUCCAUAGCUACCUCAAGGAAGUUGACCCUCGUUCUGAUAGAAAUGCAAGAUAUUUCAAUCACGGUUGUCUCAGAAUUUUGCCGAAGAGCAAUGAUUUUCGACCAUUAUGCGUGCCUUGCAAAUACCACCUUAGUGAGGAGCUGAACUCUUCAUUUCGAGACGCUUUUAAAAUCUAUGAUUGGAACACAAUUCGUCCAAUUCGAGAUAUUUUAAGAAUGCAACAGACCAAAGUGGAUUCUGAAGUUUGCCCCAGAAUUUACUCUACUCGUGGAGUAUUGAUCCGUUUAGCGGAGUACAAAGAAGCUCUUCUCAGGGGCCGGAAAACCUUACCACCAAUCUUUGCUCUCAAAUUCGACAUGAAGCAUUGUUAUGACAACCUCAAUCAAUCGAAAAUCAUAGAGAUCAUUAAUGAUUUGUUUUUAAGUGACAAAGAUGAAGAAGAAUAUUAUGUUAGACGCAUUUCAUCGAGAAAAAAUUUGAGAGCUUUACAUUCAAAAUUCAGGCCAUUGAUGUCCACUAGGCUGAGAGUUUGUAAUUUGGAUGUCAUUCAUAAUCCUGACUGCACUGAUGGUGGAUCAUUUACUGAUGGUGAUGAUAAAAAGAUAUUCAAAUUUACUAAGGGAGAAAUCCUUGAUGUUGUCAAACAUCAAGUUUUGAAUUCUACAAUUGAACUACCUAUGUUUCCCAAAAGAACUUUCAUGCGUAAAAGAGGCAUUUUUCAAGGCACAGCCUUACUGGCAACCUUCUGUGACGUUGUGUACAAUCGGUUGGCUAGCGAGCUAUUUUUGAGGAUCAAAGAGAGAGAAGAAUCCACUUUGCUACGUUUGGCUGAUGAUUUUCUAUUUCUCUCAACGAGUCAAAAGCAUUGCGAGGAUAUGCUAAACAUGGCGACUUCCUCCAUAGCCACAGACUAUGGUGCUUACAUCAAUGUUGAUAAGUGCUCCACAAUUAAUGCAAUAGUGAAUAGCACCUUUAACUUCGUGGGCUUGGAAAUUGACAUCAAGACUUUAAAUGCAAGAUGCGGUGCUUUGCAGCCACUAAACAUUCCAAGAAAGUCGCAAAAAUCAUUUCAAAGUAUUCUACAAUAUUUGCGUUGGAACUGCGGUGUUCGUUUGAACAAUUGUAACCUAAAUUUGAGAUAUACAAGCGAAACUGGUAUAAUUGACCACAUUAAUGACAUCUUGGAACCAGCUUUAGACAGUGUGGCUAAAUACUUCCCACCAGUCAUCAACGAAAAGCAAGAGCAACUUCAAUGCUUAAUAAAAUUUUGCUUUGAAAUUGUAUUAAUCUUCAUGGAAAAGUUAAUCAGCAUUAACGGAAAUGACUUCAAUUUCGAAUGUCUCUAUUUAUCAGUUGCGAAUGUCAUGCGGACCAAAUUAUGGAAUCGAUUUGCUGGUAUUGGAGAUUUGGUAAGUAUAUACUUUGAUAUAGAUUAA